AUGGCCAAUAAAAAGGCCGCGCGCGGAAAGCCUAAGCGCUUGCCGCCUAAACGCGGUGCAACUGCCAAGAGACUCUCAUCCAAUGCUGGCGGCGAUGAUCUAGGCAAAGCCAAUUCUUCAGCACCACAGUCUUCUCCUAGCAGGUCUUUGCAGGGCCAGGGCGAUCUUCCGAAAACCCCUUUGGCCCGCCAGUCCCGUGACAUUGAGGAGAGUACACCAGGAAGCGUUCCACAUAGUCUCCGGCAGGGCGCAGCUCGCGGAACACGCAGCGCACGCCGUCAGGACAUAGUCACUGCUUUUAAGUGGGAGGCAUUGGAGAUUGAAAGGUCCAGGCAAACAGCGGGCUCCCCUCUUGCCGACCGCAAUAGUAAAGGCAGGAAAGACACCACGAACCUGGUCAGAUCUACUACCAACAAUAGCAGUAGUACUGAACUAUACGAUAUGUCACGGAGUCGUCCCAGAGGCCCUCCAGUUCCCAGAGACAAUGGGCUGGCAGCUAACGAGGAGACCGAUAUGUGGAAUAAGAUUGUCCAGGAUCUCCGGAAGGCCAAGGAGAAAAAUGACAAGCAGAAGGAGCUCGCUGAACAAAUCACUAUUCUCAAUGAGAAAAUAGCCCGCGAGGGUAAUAAACCAACUCUCACUGAGUAUAACCAAUUUGACUCCAUAUACCGGCAGAUGGCGAAACUUUGCGAGGAAGAAAGAGCCAUCCUUCAAGAUGAACCAAGUGAUGUGAUCAAGAAUCUAGGUCUUCUAACGGCCCUCCGUCAAGCAUCCGAAGCGGAGGCACCGCUGAAUCGCAUUGCCGCAUUACAGAAAUCACGAAAGAAGAGAAAUGAACUGGAUGGCUCAGCCACAGAUUCCACUAUCCAGCCGGGAUUACCUGUAUCAGAGAAACUUAGUCGUGUUAAAGGCAGCGUUCAGCGCAGUGUUAGUGUGCCCAGCCAAGGCCGCGAAGGUCGUGAUGGCAUCGCCGUCAAGAUUGAAGAAGGAGCUGAAAGCCCAAAGAGUACAGCCUCUGAGCGCGGUGGACAGCUAGUCGUCGGUGCAGAGGUCGUUUUCAGGCACAAUAAGAACAAGCAGGGAAUCGAAGGCGAGGGGAUCCAGUGUAUAAUCAAGGGCAUUUCAGGAGAAGGGUUCAAGAAACGGUAAUGUCAAUUUCAUCAGAGGAAUUUCCACAUAAAUUUGACUGGUUUAUGCUCCCAGGUACGACGUCCAGGAUCCGGAACCAAACGAAAAUGGCGAACAAGGGGCUGUUUUCAAGACUACGGCUGCUUCUCUCAUACCCAUUCCACGAGCUGGCUCUGCGCUGCCCUCAUUCCCUGUUGGAAAGCAGGUUCUUGCGAGAUAUCCUGAUACCACCACCUUCUACCGUGCCGAGGUUAUGGGCUCAAAGAAGGAUGUUUAUCGUUUGAAAUUUGAAGGCGAAGAAGAUGACAAGGAGAUGGAGGUUGAUAAACGCUUCGUUCUGGACGUUCCAGGAAAAUGAAUGCAUGACUUAACUAUACAGUUGAUCGGGGAAAGAAGAAAAUAAGGAUGAAGGGAAAGAACAAUAUGGGGGCAUCCCAGAAGUGAUACCCUACGGAGGCUGGUUUACACUCAUGGGAGUAGGGAGUUAUUACAGGUUGGCACCUAUUUAGUCGUAUCGCUUUAUCUCAAAUACCAUGCGUGGGUUUAAAUAUGGUUCGAAA